ACGAGGUUAUCCCAGGUUGAGAGCUCCCGAACAGAAUCAACGGAACACUGUGCUGACGGGGAAUUGCUCGCCAAACAGGUGGAACAUUUGGCGAAAAGAUACGAAUCUGAAACCACACAUCACCAUUGAAAUUCCGUUCCGAAGACUGGAUUUUAAAACACGGAGAAGCGUCGUUAGCGGGUAGAUUGAGCCUCAGCACUUUCUUCUCAAACCCCUCGGGACAUGCAGUAACUGGAGGAUAGCUGUUUAUUGAAGAUUUGUUGAAGGAGAGAAUUUUCCUCCCAGCAAGCCAUUGUGUGAUGAUGGAAAAUGACAUGUUUUAGGACGAACCCUUGUAGCUAGCUGGCUGAUCAGGCAGCUAGCAACACAUAUCAAGGAUUCUGGAUGAUUCUUCCACUAGAGUCCAUUGGGGAUCAUUAUUAUCUACCGGAGAGCGCCUCUAAUUUAUCACCGAGACAGACGCACUGUCUGUCCGUCUGACAGUGGACACAAUGGGCGACACCAGUCUGAACGACUCGAACGUGAAGGUCGCAGUCCGUGUUCGUCCUAUGAACAGGAGAGAAAAGGACCUGAACACAAAAUGUAUUGUGGAUAUGAAAGGCAACCAGACCAUCCUUCACCCAGGCGGAGGAAACCUGGGCAAGGGAGACUCCAGGAGUCAGACCAAGACCUUUGCCUACGACUACUGUUUCUGGUCCAUGGACGAGUCGGAAAAGGACAAGUUUGCGGGUCAGGACGUGGUGUUCCAGUGCCUUGGGGAGAGUCUUUUGCACAACGCCUUUCAGGGCUACAAUGCCUGCAUCUUCGCCUAUGGACAGACGGGUUCGGGGAAGUCGUACACAAUGAUGGGUUCGGUGGACUCUCCAGGUCUGAUCCCGCGGCUGUGCAGCUCUCUGUUUGACCGCACCCUGCUGGAGCAGAGGGAGGGUGAAGGCUUCACCAUAGAGGUCUCCUACAUGGAGAUAUACAACGAGAAGGUCCGCGACCUCCUCGAUCCCAAAGGGAGCAGACAGGCUCUGAGAGUGAGGGAACACAAGGUGUUGGGGCCAUAUGUGGACGGCCUGUCUCGUCUGGCUGUAGCCAGCUACAAGGACAUAGAGUCUCUGAUGUCAGAGGGGAAUAAAUCUCGUACGGUGGCCGCAACCAACAUGAACGAGGAGAGCAGCAGAUCUCACGGAGUUUUCAACAUCAUCCUCACACACACACUCAAAGACCUGCGGUCUGGGACGAGUGGUGAGAAGGUGAGUAAGCUGAGCCUGGUGGACCUGGCUGGCAGUGAGAGAGCUGCUAAGACUGGAGCUACCGGAGAGAGGAUGAAGGAGGGCAGCAACAUCAACAAGUCUCUGACCACUCUAGGCCUGGUCAUAUCUGCUCUGGCAGAACAGGGAUGUGGGAAGAACAAGACCAAGUUUGUCCCAUACAGAGACUCUGUACUAACAUGGCUGCUUAAGGACAGCUUGGGCGGCAACAGCCGCACGGCCAUGGUGGCCACGGUGAGCCCGGCGGCCGACAACUACGACGAGACGCUGUCGACGCUGCGCUACGCCGACCGGGCCAAGAGCAUCGUCAACCACGCCGUCGUCAACGAAGACCCCAAUGCACGCAUCAUCAGGGAGCUCCGCGAGGAGGUGGAGAAACUACGGGACCAGCUGACACAGGCAGAGUCUAUGAAGGCCCCGGAGCUGAAGGAAAGGCUGGAGGAGUCUGAGAAACUCAUCCAAGAGAUGACAGUCACCUGGGAGGAGAAGCUACGCAAGACAGAGGAGAUCGCACAGGAGCGUCAGAAACAGUUGGAAUCCUUGGGCAUCUCUCUCCAGUCGUCUGGCAUCAGAGUGGGAGAAGACAAGUGUUUUCUAGUCAACCUCAACGCUGACCCCGCUCUCAAUGAGCUGCUGGUCUACUACCUGAAGGAGCACACUAAGGUUGGUUCAGCAGACUCCCAGGAUAUCCAGCUGUGUGGGAUGGGCAUCCAGGCUGAACACUGCAUCAUAAACAUCACAGCUGACCAAAGGGUGGUCCUCACUCCCCACAGGAACUCACGAACAUGUGUGAACGGCUCUCCUUGCACCAGCCCGCAGCAGCUCCACCACGGAGACCGCAUCCUGUGGGGCAACAACCACUUCUUCAGGAUCAACUUGCCUAAGCGGCGGUCGCGGGGUGGCGGUGAGGAAGAGGAGGGUGAGGGGGGCCUGAUGAAGAACAGUAGCAGUAGUGAACAGCUGGAUGGGGACGGAGACACCAACAGUGAGGUGUCCUCCGAGGUCUCCUUCUCCUACGAGUUCGCCCAGACAGAGGUCAUGAUGAAGGCCCUGGGCAACAAUGACCCCAUGCAGGCGGUGCUCCAGUCCCUAGAGAGGCAGCACGAGGAGGAGAAGCGCUCGGCGCUGGAGAGACAGAGGCUGAUGUACGAACAGGAGCUGCAACAGCUGAGGAGACGGCUGCACCCGGACAGACAGUCUGUAGGGCAGACUGGCACGGCCCCCAGCCAAUCACAGGGCCAGGCCGACAGGCCGGGACAGCCCCACUACCGCAGCCUGGAGAGACUCAGCAUGGGAGGCAUGUCCAACUCACCUAGCGCACAGAGCAGGCUGAGGCAGUGGAGCGAGGAGAGAGAGGCAGUGUUGACCCGGAGCCUACGUAAACUGAGGGAGCAGAUAGUGAGAGCUAACCUGCUGGUGCAGGAGGCUGGCUUCAUAGCAGAGGAGCUGGACAAACGCACAGAGUACAGAGUCACCUUGCAGAUACCUGCUGCUAACCUCAACGCCAACCGCAAGCGUGAUGCAGUGCUGAGUGAGCCUGCGGUGCAGGUGAGGCGUAAGGGGAAAGGGAAACAGAUCUGGGCGCUGGAGAAGAUGGAGAAUAGAAUGGUGGACAUGAGAGAACUCUACCAGGAGUGGAAGGACUACGACGACAACAACCCUGUGAUGCGUUCUUACUUUAAGCGUGCCGACCCGUUCUUUGACGAGCAGGAGAAUCACAGUCUGAUAGGCGUGGCCAACGUCUUCCUGUCCUGUCUGUUCUACGACGUCAAGCUGCAGUAUGCAGUACCCAUCAUCAACCAGAAGGGGGAGGUGGUUGGGAGAUUACACGUUGAGGUGGUGAGAGUGGCGGGGGGGGUUGAGGACAGCAUGGCUGGGGGAGAGGAUGAGGCCAGCCCUGAUGGAGAGGUGCAAGAGAGGAAACUGGUCUGCAUGAUCAAGAUCCUGCAGGCGACAGGUCUCCCCCAGUACCUGUCCAACUUUGUGUUCUGCCAGUACUCGUUCUGGGACCAGGCGGAGCCCGUCAUCGUGGCCCCAGAGGUGGACCCCUCCGCCUCGUCCCCCAGCAGCAAGGAACCGCACUGCAUGGUGGUUUUCGACAGCUGCAAGGAGAUAGGUGUGGCGGUAACAGAGGAGUUUAUAGAGUAUCUGACUGAGGGGGCAGUGGCCAUCGAGGUGUACGGACACAGACAGGCAGACUCCGGCAGGAACCCUGCCCUCUGGGACCUCAGUAUUAUACAGGCCAAGACACGCACACUACGGGACAGGUGGAGUGAGGUAACGCGUCGUCUGGAGAUGUGUAUCCAGGUGUUGGAGAUCAACGAGAACGGGGACUUCAUGCCUGUAGAGGUCAUACCUGCCAGAGAUGUACGCACCGGAGGCAUAUUCCAACUACGACAGGGCCAGUCAAGGCGUCUGCAGGUGGAGGUGAGGUCCGUGCAGGACAGCGGCACCAUGCCCCUGAUAGCUGAGGUGCUGUUGGCCGUGUCCGUGGGCUGUGUGGAGAUCAGACAGACAUGCCAGGCCAAGGCCAACAACGAACCCAUACAGGUGGAGGGUGAUGAGAUGGACAGCUAUCAGGAGCGUGAUCUGGAGCGUCUGCGUCACCAGUGGCUGACGGCUCUCACCAAGCGACAAGAGUACCUGGACCAACACCUCCAGACCCUGGUCAGCAAGCCAGAGAAGACAGAGGAGGACGUGGAGAGGGAGGCCCAGCUUUUGGAAUGGCGUCUGACUCUGACCGAGGAGAGGAACGCGGUCAUGGUACCUUCAGCUGGCAGCGGCAUCCCAGGAGCUCCCGCAGAGUGGGUCCCCCUACCUGGAAUGGAGACCCAUACCCCUGUGCUUUUCCUGGACCUUAGUGCGGAUGACUUCAGUUCCCAGGACGCGUUGGAGGUCCCGGAGGCGGGUGGUUGGGACGCCACUCUGAGCGGAGAGGACGAGGACGACUUCUUCGACCUGCAGAUUGUCAAACACUACGAUGGAGAGGUAAAAGCUGAGGCGUCAUGGGACUCCACAGUGCAUGAGUGUCCUCAGCUGAGCCGCGGCGGAGCGUGCCCAGAGCAGAGGGUGUAUCUGACGGUACGCUGCGUGGUGCAGCUCAGCCACCCGGCAGACAUGCAGCUGGUGCUGAGGAAACGGAUCUGCGUCAACCUGAACCCGGGAAGACAGGGCUUCGCCCAGAACCUCCUGAAGAGGAUGUCCACGCGCUCCACCAUCUCCGGCUGUGGGGUCACCUUCGAGGUGGUCUCCAACAUCCCCGGGGAUGCCCAGGGUUCAGAGGACAGGGAGAUGUUGGCUCGUCUAGCUGCCAGCGCCGAGAACCCCAAGUCGGCCGACAACGAGGCGGCCAUCGAGAAAUACCUCCGCAGUGUCCUGGCCGUAGAGAACAUCCUCACUCUGGACCGCCUACGACAGGAGGUGGCAGUGAAGGAGCACCUGGCAGGCAAAGGGAAGGGCAACAGACGCAGUCUCAGCUCCCCCAGUGUACACAGGCUCUCUGGCAGCAGACAGGAGCUGUCUUCUACCUGCAAUCUGGAUGACAACAAGAGUCGCUGGGAGAGCCAGCAGGACAUCUUCAUCACCUCGCCCCAGUUCAGCCGGACUCUGCCUCGCCCCUCGCCCUCCUCCUCCCCCCCCACCAUGCCCCCCCAGAACCAGAGCCAGGACCCAGAGCAAGGUCGUUCAGGGCUUGCUGCCUCUUAUCUUUCAGUCAAAGCCCUGAUGCCGCAGAUGCCCAAACUGCUCAAGUCCCUGUUCCCAGCCCGCGAGGACAAGAAGGAGCCCCUGCGCCCUCGCCCCACUCCCUACAGCCUCGUAUCAUCAUGCAGACGACAGGGCCUGAAGACAGCAGGAUCCGGAUAGAACCGGUUGCUAUGGUAGUGAGGACAGCCCUGAUCCCGGCCCUGACCAAUGACAGGUGGUCGGAGUCCCCUGAUGCCCCUCCUCUUCCUGUUC